AUGGCAUCAACUUUAAAACAAUUGAAAGAACAAUUUGUUUCAGACUUGACUGGAGGUUCAAUUGAAGAAAUUUAUAAUGUCACAGGGGUAGCUUUAUCAGCUUAUUUGUCGUACCGAAUGUUGAAAAAAACAUUUGGCGAAUUAUCUUUUGUUUAUGAUUUCAUUUGCAAUGUUCUCACAAUUUUGGUUGCAAUUACAAGUUAUAGCAACAACCCCACAUAUUUGCAUUACUUCAUUGUUAUUCCUUCCUUGGUGAUAUAUGUAUUUAACUACUAUGUGGAACCACGUGAUACUUCAAAAACUAAAGUUGAAUCAGAUGAAUCUAAGGAUUUCUUGCCUAAAAAACAAUUCAUAACUGCAUACAGAUCGCAAAUGUUGAUCAUUACAAAUUUAGCUAUUUUAGCUGUUGAUUUCCGUAUUUUCCCAAGAAGAUUUGCCAAAGUUGAAACAUGGGGUACCUCCAUGAUGGAUUUGGGUGUUGGAUCAUUUGUGUUUUCUAUGGGUUUAGCCAAUGCACGUCAAUUGAUUAAAAAUUAUACAGGAAAGUAUUCAUUUAGUGUUGGAAAAUACCUAUCCAACAUCAAAAAGAACCUCAUCAAGUCAAUUCCAAUUCUUGGUUUGGGGAUCAUUCGUUUAAUCAGUGUUAAACAAUUGGAAUAUCAAGAACAUGAAACUGAAUAUGGAAUUCAUUGGAAUUUUUUCUUCACUUUGGGUUUCUUACCAAUUUUUUUGGCUAUUUUGGAUCCAUUUUUGAAUUUAUUCCCUAGAUUUAUCAUUGCAAUUGUGAUCUCAUUAUCGUAUGAGAUAGUGUUAAGUAAAACCGAUUUACUGAACUUUAUUUUGCGUAGUGAUAACAGAAUGGAUUCGUUAAUCACCAUGAAUAAAGAAGGCAUUUUCUCUUUCAUUGGCUAUCUUUCUAUUUUUAUUAUUGGUCAAUCAUUUGGCUCUUUUGUCCUUACAAGUUACAAGACCAAAAACAACUUGGUCAUUAUAAGUAAAACCAAAGUUGCCAAAAAGAAAGAAUUUACUAUAUUUAGUGUUACUACCACUCAGGGUUUGUUAAUUGCAAGUAUAUUCUACCAAUUGAUCUUCAACUUGGUGAAUGGUUCAGAUUACUUUGAAAAUAUCUCCAGAAGAUUGGCCAACUUCCCUUAUGUUUUAUGGGUUGUUUCAUAUAAUGCCGUCUUCUUAUUGUGUUACAAUUUGGUUGAUAAAAUUGUUCCAGGAGAUCAGACUUCACCAAUAUUGGACUCCAUUAACAACAAUGGUUUAUUUAUAUUUCUACUUGGGAACUUGUUGACUGGUUUAGUCAACAUGUCUAUGAACACUUUGGCAGCAAAUAACACAAUUUCGACAAUUGUGUUGAUUGGCUAUAGUCUCAUCUGGACUGUCACUGCGUUAUGGUUAAAUAAAAAGAAGAUAUACAUUAAGCUUUAG